AUGGGGUACUUUUCCAAUUCGGUGUUUAGAAGCAAUUUGUUGACGAGGAGGAAAGCCACCACGGCUGUUGGGUGGCCUGCUAUAAAACGGUGGACCUGUGCGAAACGGUGGUUUUCCUCGAAAAGGAUCCCCCUAGUGUGCAUAAGCAAAAUAAGCGAAAUUAAGCAGAUGGUACGUUAUGUGGAAAGCACAUACGCACAUAACAGUGAACAAACCGAGAGAGACAUUUUUGAAAAUAAUUUUCGAAAAAGUCAGGUGACAAACUUCGUGCACAUAGAUCACAAUUUCGAAAAGGUUUACAACCUGUGGAAUGACUUCCAUUUUGGGGGUAAAGUAAAUGUACGAGACAAUGUAAACACAAACGGGGAGAAUACCCCCCAAAAGGGUAAGAAGGAAUGUGAGGAAGGGAACAAUGUCUUUAAAUUUUGUUCGGAUGAACAAGGGAAUAGAAGUGUCAUGAGAAGGAAUUUGGUCGGCAUUUACAUUCCCACGAAUAGGAGCAUUCACUCAGUGGACAUUAACUAUUAUUACAUUUUCAAAAGUUUGAAGGAUUCCUUUAAGGGGAAAUUGUUCUUUGAGAUUUAUUUUAUCCUGCCGAACUGCAUUUUCCAUCUAUCGUUUGUUGAGAGUUUUAAGGCGUUAAUUUAUUACGAAAGGGUUAUUGCACACACGAGGAGGGAAAAUAAAAAGAGGGAGUUAAGUUUGCAAAAGAAAAUGAAAAAUAAUUUGCUCCAAAAGGUGUAUAGGCGAAGAAAAGCUGAUUUAAAGAAGGGACUUAGGGAAGAAUUGGAAAAAAUCCUUUCGCAGAAGAAGUACACAAAAGUAAUUUACGAAGAUGCUAUUGAGUUGUGUUCCUUUUUUGCCAACUUUUUAAAAAUUAAUUCGUUUAAUUUUAUAGAUUUGCACCAUCUCUACCAGGAUGUGAUAGCGCUAUACGAGAUCAACCUUUCGAAACGAAGUAUCUUUUCGGUUAUCCCUAUUUUGUUCCCUGGAAUUUUCGACAGUUCGCUCGUCUGUGAGUACGGGAGGGUGCAGUCUUGCGAAGGGAUGCACUAUACCAACGGGGUGCAUUGCUCUAACGAGCUCCUGCGUAAAGACGGAAUAGCCACUCCCUCGAAGGCAAAAUAUGGAAGCGCAUUGAAAUAUGAGAGCACUGACGAUAGUAAUCAGCUUGUUAACUUUGAAAAGCACUUAAUACACAUUUUGUAUAUAUUUCCAUGCGCCCAUAAAUUACUGAUAAAGUAUAAGGACCUGGAGGGACACAACAUCUGCUACAAAAUGAACGAAUUUGUUGACAAGUACAACUCGCUGAACAAUUUUGGAGCCAUGUUGGUGAUAAAAAAAAAUGCCAAACUAUUUUCCAAUGAGGGUAUAAGAAAAAGAAAUAAAAUGAUUCCUUCGGAGAUUACCUCCUGUAGCUAUCAACUGAACAGUGGUAAACUUCUAAACUCCGUGUGCAACAAUUUAAGCGAAAACGAAGAGGCCAUAUAUAACCAUCCCCUAAUUGUGGGUAAAAAUAUAUAUGCGUACAUAUACGAGGUGAAUAGGUGUAGCAAAAGUAUAUUUUUCCGCUUCAAUUUAAACGCAAAAGAUGUCCUCUUUCGAAAUAUUCUAUCGAAUGAGGUAAAAUGGACCUGUUUGGAGAGGAAAACAAAUGGGAGCAAACUUAACCGCUUAUGGAGAAACAUAAAUGAGGGUCUCUUUUUAGGAAAGUCAAAAGUGCAAAUCAGUAGGAACCAAAAAUUGUACAAUUAUAAAAAUAACAUACUGACGGGGGUGUUGCACGAUAAGGAAAAUAAUUUUCACUAUUUUGACGAUAAACGGGUUGGCGAUGUGGUCCUGUGCACGAUAUGCGACAUUUCGGCGUGCGGAAAAUUUAUUUAUUUGCAAAGGUUCGACAAGGAAAAUUUGAUUUUUCACUUCCGAAAGGAGAAAUACGUCAAUUUGGAAAAAAAUUUUGACUAUGACGAUGUUAGCAAUUUGGAUGAAAAGGUGUUACGGGAGCUUCUGUAA